CAGUCAACCGGUCAUUAUGUAUCGUUGGUUCCUAUGGCAAGCGAUGGUUGCAUAUGUAGCUUUCGAUCUGAUAGCAAGGGCGGUUUGAUAUUAUUCGUCAUCAAUGAUAGCGGAAGAAAUAGUCAUGCAAGAUUUGUUGUAGGUCGUGGAAACGAUCCAUACGUCACUAUUAAAGCAUGUAUGGAUUUUAUAAAUGAAAUUAAUGGAAAUAAUGGUAUUGAAGAAAAUAGUAGUAGUAUUGAAACGAAAGAGCGAUUUGAUUAUGAUCAUAUUGGAUAUU